AUGUCGCAGGCCACCACCGCCAGCAACGCCCCUGAUCCUGGCGCCCCCUACGCCCAGCCGAGCUCGACCUACCCCGAGGACGUCGUCCAGCUGUACCACCCGGACGGCCGCACCUCGCAAGCUGUCGUGACUCGCUGCUGGGCAGAUGAGCAAGCCCCAGAGACGGUGACCGAGGCCGCACGCUUGGGCAUCCCGUUCACGCCGCUCGCGCCGGGCCGUCUCGAGGUCCUCCACCCCGACGGCACCAAGAGCGAGGUCAUCGAGGCCGACGUCGCCGUCGUCGACAAGGGCUUCCUCCGUGGCGACAUCGUCCGCGCCCGCAGCACGCCCUCGACGCUCCACAAGAAGCGCCAGGCCGGCCAGAUCGUCGACCUCAAGACCGAGGUCCAGCUGCAGCGCGUCCUCGACGGCGAGGUCCUCCCCGGCUGGCACGACACGUCGCUCCUGCGCGCCGCGAGCCGCAUCGCGCGCGGCGACCACGUCGUCGAGCCGACGAGCGACUGGGUCGGCGUCGUCGAGGACGUGUUCGAGAUGGCCCUCAUCGAGGCCGGCAACGGCGUCGUGCGCCGCGUGUGCGACAGCGGCGCCACCCUCACGGUCGGCAGCGGCACCGACGCCAUCAAGGCCAUGCUCGAAGAGCGAGGCGAGGGCGCCAUCGCCCAGUUCCUCGCUGCGGCCGACCUCAAGCAGAUCCUCGACGUCAAGCAGUGCAUGGUCGCCGUCAACUGGCUGUGCCGCAACCAGCAGGCAUCGUCCGACUCGUGGGACCGCCCCAAGCGGUACUGGGUCGACAUCGACCAGCUCGUCCUCGUCCACUCGACCAUCGACCACCUGCACACGAUCUUCGACAAGGUCGUGUUCCGCGACCCGUCGCUGUUCCCGGCUCAGCCGUCCCGGUGGCGCGACAGCUACCCGGACGGCCACCGCGUCCUCGCCAUCACGGCGACCCGCACCGAGGCGACCGUCCUGUGGCAAGACGGCACGAGGACGACUGGGCCGACGCCCUCGCUCGAGCAGUACCCGGCCAUCGACGAGGACAUGGACGUAUUUCCGGGCGACGUCGGCCUCUUCUCGGGCGUGUCGCCGCCGCGCAUCGGCGUCGUCCAGAGCAACGACGCGCGCCGACGCACGAUAAAGCUGCGGUACCUGUCGGCGCGCGCCGAGCCCCUGUCGAGCAACGGCGACGGCGCCGAGGAGGAGGAGGAGACGGUCUCGGGCCUCGAGUUUGACCCGCACGGUCCUCCGCCAGACGCGUUCGGCGUGCGCAGGGGCGACCGGGUCCUCAUCACGCGCGAGGGUGUCGACAACGGCGCGACGGUCCCGGCCGUGCCCAAGCUUGGCGAGAGCGAGGUCGCCGCCGGGUUGAUGCCGAGCGGGGACGAGCUGCGCGUCGAGCUGUCGACCCUCGGCCUCACCUACUGCCAGACCCUCCCCGACACGUUCGCCCCGCCCCAGAUCCAGGAGGGCCCCGACGCGCUCGCCGCCUAUACGUGGUACGGCGAGGUGUGGGACCUCCUCCUUGACGGUCGGGCCCUCGUCCGCCUCCCGGACGGCGACAAGCAGGCGUUCCCCGUCUACCGCAUUGUCCAGCUCGACGACGGCCUCGACCCCGAGGGCGACCUCGGCGCCGCGCUCGACGGCGAGGACGACGCCAUGUCGACCGACGGCGAGUCGGGCAGCGAGUCGGACGGGAGCUGGAUGACCGAGGACGGCGACGCCGUCAUGUCGGGCGCAGAGGGCGACGACCUCGAGGGCGUCGUCGACGCCGUCAUGGAGGACGACUCGCAGGACGAGGACUACGAGACGGAGGAGGAGGGCGCAGAGCGGGACGUGCCGAGGCGCAGCGGGAGGAGGAAGGGGAGGACGGGCGACGACGGCGACGUCAAGGGCUGGGCCGACGACGACGACGAGCAGCUCGAGGCCGCCUCUUCCACCGCACCCGUCGGCGUCGACAGCAGCGCAGCACCUACUUCCGCCGCCGCACCCGAACCCUCCUCCACCGCCGCCGCCACCUCCCCCUCUUCCUCUGCCGCGACCGCCCCCGCCCCCGCACCCGCACCCACCUCGACCGCGCCCGCACCUACGCCAGCCGUCACGUCCGUCUCGAUGCCGGCCGAGGUCGAAGAGGACUUUGCCGACUGGAGCCGGUUCGAGGUGCUCGAGGAGGCGCCGCUCGACCACCACUACAUCGGCGAGCCGGUCCAGGUCCCGGGCAAGGCGUUCAUGAGCCGCAUGCGCAAGGAGCACAAGGUCCUCGCGAGCUCUCUACCUCCCAACAUCCUCGUGCGCGCCUACGAGAACCGCCUCGACCUCUUGCGAUGCCUCAUCAUCGGUCCGCUCGACACGCCGUUCCAGAACGCGCCCUUCCUGUUCGACGUGUUCCUCCCGCCGUCCAAGUUCCCGCAGGACCCGCCGCAGGUCUUCUUCCACGCGUGGGCGAGCGGCAACCGCGUCAGCCCUAACCUGUACGUCGAGGGCAAGGUGUGUCUGAGCUUGCUCGGGACGUGGAGCGGCGACAAGGACGAGAACUGGAGCGCCGCCAAGAGCUCGAUCCUGCAGAUCUUCAUCUCGAUCCAGGGCCUCAUCAUGGUCGAGCACCCGUACUUCACCGAGCCUGGCUUCGAGAAGCAGAUGGGCACGCCCGAGGCGACCGCCGCCUCGGAGCUGUACAACGAGCGCACGCUCGUCCUCACGCGAGCCUACGUCAAGCGCGCGUGCGAGUACCCGCCGUCGUCGUUUGCGCGCGAGAUCGCCGCCUACUUCUUCACGGGCCUGCCCGGGCAGCAAGGCGGCGCGCUGGCGGCCAUCAUCGAGCAGAGCAAGCAGCUGCUCGACGAGAGCGAGCGGUGGCACGCUCGCAACGACGGCGACGGCGACGGCGACGAGGUCAAGCCGCCGCAGAGCGCCGUCGUGCCGUCGCAGAGGGUCCUGACCGAGGGCGCGGGCCUGUCGCUGCGGCGCACGGUCAAGGCGCUCGAGGAACUCGUCAAGCGCGGGCCCAAGGUGGACGAGGCGUGA